AGCAGAUGUAAUUUAAGGGAGGAGAAGGUUGCUGUUGGUUCAUUUUGCAGCAGAGCAGCAACGACAGCAGAAUGGAUUCUUUUUUGCGUCUACUUGGGUUUGGGCCCCCAGAACAAACUGUAGAGGAAUGGAUUAAGGCAAAACAUGCUGAAGAGGAAAGGAUUUGGGCAAAACUUGCUGAACAGACAAAACAGAAAGUGAAAGUAAAAGGGAUUAAUCAGAAGUCAGGUGGUUCAUCAGAGCAGCAGAUGCAAUUUAAGGGAGGAGAAGGUUGCUGUUGGUUCAUUUUGCAGCAGAGCAGCAACAACAGCAGAAUGGCUCAACACCGUCAUUCUAUUAUGCGUCUACUUGAAGAGGAAAGGAUUAAGGCAAAACGUGCUGGACAGAGAGAGAUUUUGGCCUCAAUGCGUGCUGUUCGUGUGGCUCGGUCUCCACCUCAAAAGGCAGAGUCUCCAACUCUGGAUGAACCGUGGAGGGAACUAGACUGGGGAGAAAAACAGGAGAACCUUAAAUAUGUGCAGGAAUACAAACCAGAACAAGAUGACAUCAGGUACCUCCGGGUCCUCCUUUACGGACCCGUCGGAGCUGGGAAGUCCAGUUUCAUCAACUCUGUCAGUAGCGUCCUCAGAGGUCGGAUGACAAUUCCUGCUUUGGCCAGCGCGACCACGUCUGAUAAAAGCUUCACCAAAAAGUAUGAAACUCAUAAAUUCAAUAAAGGACGAGGAAGAGCAAAGACAUUUUACCCUCUGGUCUUCAACGACUUCAUGGGACUGGAAGAUGGAACCGACAGGGGAGUUCAUGCUGACGACAUCAAACUGGCUUUGGAAGGUCAUCUGAAGGAAGGUUAUGAGUUCAACCAAGUUGCUCCAAUAUCUCAGGAUGACCCAGGCUACAACCCGACCCCCUCUGCUGAUGACAGAGUUCAUGUCCUGGUCUGUGUGAUGUCUGCCAACACUCCACAGAUGAAUUCAUCAGUUCUGGAGAAGAUGAAGAGCGUCAGAGAUACAGCCAGAGACCUGGGAAUUCCUCAAAUGGCCAUGAUGACACGUAUAGAUGAAGCCUGCUGUGAAACUGACAAAGACUUAAGGAAUGUCUACAAGAGCAAGUACCUGAGAAAAAAGAUGAAAGACUUCAGCUCAGCAGUGGGAAUCCCAGUGAACUGCAUCUUUCCUGUGAAGAACUACAGUGAAGAAAUCGACAUGAACGAUGACGUUGAUACUCUGAUCCUGAGCGCUCUGAGGAAAAUGGUCGACUUUGGAGACGACUUCAUUGAGAAGGCAGAGAUGGCUGCAGUGGGGGCUGAGGACAACAACAUGGAGGUCAACUGCUCUGCAGGAGAAAAGGAUCACAAAGCAGCAAGUCAGCCAGAAGGGCCCAAACUGGAGACUGCCCUCCAGAUCUACCAACCUGGAAACAGCCACACUGAAACAUCAUCUGCAAUGAUGGACAACUUGGGUGGGACACAAUCACAAAACGGGAAUUGUGACGAAGGGAUGGAGCAAGAUGACGGGGAUGAGAGUUCUUCAGAAAAGUCAACAGGAAGUAACACUGAUGACCCUCCUACAUGGAGUCGUCUGAGAGAUGGUUGGUCUAAUCUGACAGGUAAACUACCUACUCCAGCGAAACCUGAGCAAUCAAAUCAAACCACAGACAGCAAAGGAUAUUUUUUAUCCAACAUUUUAAAAUCUCCAGCCCCAGUGGUGAAGGUUAACUAUACUCCUACCAGUGAUACGUUUGGUGCUGAUACUGCCAUAAUAAAACAAUUGAAGAACAACUUAAAGUCAUCAGUACAGUUGGAAAAAAACAACCAGGAAGAACUGCAGCAUCAUCAUUGUCUUCUGUCCAGUUGGCCGCAGUUAUGAAUCAGAAGUAAAGUCUGCAAUGGAAAAGGAAGCAGUCUCAUCAUCUGGUAAACCAUUCAUUGUGGUUCUGAUGCAUCACACCAGACACCCGGACUAUUCCACUGCAGGAUGUGACGUCUCUGAAGUGCUGAAAAAUGUGUUUUAUG